CGGAUAUCAACUACGUUCCGCUUCAAUUGUUGCUGAAUGAGAAAUACCGCAUUCCUGGGUGUAUAUACACAUAGAGAGAGAGAGUACUUUGUUUCCGCCAUUUUCAACCGGGACUGUUUGGAAAAAACCUUCCAGCUAUAUUUUACGACCACCAACAACCCGCCCGCAACCAGAGAAAUAAAAUAAAAUCACUACACAGCCAUGACAAAACAACUCUCCCCCAAAACCCUCUCCGCCCACAUAAACCGCCUCAUAUCCCGCUGGCCCAGCGAUCCCGUCCGCCCCUCCGCCGUCUCCGUACAAACAUAUCUAAAAACCCGUCUUCCUACCACCCCCACCCCCACCACAUCUUCCUCUUCUUCUCCUUCACCACCAACAGCAACAGCGACAGCACCACAAUCACAAGCGCAAGCGCAAGCGCAAGCGCAAGCGCAACAACAGCAACAGCAAUCACAACUCUCCACCGCCAGCAUAAACGCGCUCUACUCGCUGCUGGAAAACCGGUACGAGAAACAAUACCCGCUGCCGCAAAAUUUGCGGCAUCCGCGCAGUGCACCGUCGCAUUAUGAUGAUGUGCUGCGGGAGUUUAGGGAGGCUCCGGGCAGGGGCUGGGUGAAGAGGAUGAUGGAGAAGCUUAGGGGGGUUUUGAGGUUUCAGUAGUAGAAGGGGAGGGAAGUUGUGUAUGGGGAUGUAUGAGAGGGUUUUUUUGUCUUUUAUAUUUUGUGUUUCUGUACUAUAUGGAUGAUUGCAUCUGCUGGUUUCCUUUUGGGCAGGGUGGUUGUUGGGUAUUGUUGUAUUUGUGAUACCUCUGCGAUGGCUUCUUUUUAGCGUGAAUAAAUGUAUAUAUAUAUCAAGUGGCCAAUAGGGCUGAUGUUAGAGGGAUGAAGGAGGUAGAUAUGAGGAUAUCUAGAAAAAGAACUACAUUGGAUUGAUAUAUUGAAUCAUUAUCUAGUGGGUUAUGAAAAUAUGCGAUUCUCACACUAAAAUAAGAAAAUGCACGCCGCCUUUUAUGGAUAUAUCCUGAUGUAGUUGAAGCAAACCCAUCCAAAAAAUAAAAAUAAAAAUUAAAAAAAAUAAAUAAAUAAAUAACAAAAGAAAAAAAGUAGGACAA